CGAAGAGAAACGAUAAAGGCCGAUUCUGGACUGACUACUCCCCGGUUUUCGAAUCAAUCCUCAAGCUCAUGGAGUCCUCCUCCAACGACGGCAAUGGCGAUGCGGCCAGAGAUGAUGCUACCGACAGAGCACAGCAGGCUAAAGCCGAGAGGAUGGCAGCCAGGCAAGCCCAGCAGGAGGCGAGGGGAAAUGUUACAGCAAUCAUGGAGUCACUCCAAGACCAGGCGCAAAGGCUGGGGGAGCGCAACGGUGAGGAAGGGGAGCGGGCGGAAAAGCAACUGGAGGUAGCCCGCCAGACGAAGGAUAUCCUGGAAGCGCAAGCACGGGAUUCUGCAGCCAGAGAGAAGGCUAGGGACGCGAGGACGGAGCAUUAUCGGCAACAGAGGUUGGCUGCUGAAGCCGACCGUGCGAAGAAGCAAGAUGCGCAGUUGAUUGAAAAGCGUAGGCAAGCCUGUACGCUCGGUGGGCUGAGUGCACGCAUAUCCCCGGAGUUGUCUCCCGCAUUCGGGCCCACAUAACGUGGUUUGAUUAUCCUUGUCGCGUCCACAUCUCACAUGCAUAUUGUUUUCUUGGUUCGAUGUACUGCCCGCCGCCUUUGCUUGGAUCGCAUGGUCUGCAACCCGUUUGAGUAACAGCACGAGGAAUUGCUGGACUUCAUGUCGUCCACGUUCCGGACUCCUGCAGGAGGCGUUGUCAUCCAAUGGGACUCUUAGGAAGAAUUCUGGGAGUGUCUGCCCAAUAUCCCAGACGCGGCGAAGAGUCUCGUGACCGACGCGCUGCCCACCUUGACGGAGCUGGUGGACUUGGCCAAGGAUAAAAAUUUUGCGGCUACCUUGAAGGAAGCAGGAGUACAGACGAUUCCCGCCACCCGGAUUGCCAACUUUAUCCAAAAGACUAUCUAUGACGCUAAGUAGUUUGUUGUUCUGUCCUUUCUCAAACAUGUGGUGCCUGCUUGCGGUUUCGGCGGUAGCGUAGUGUUGCUUGAGUUACGGUGUUGGUGAUGGUUUUCAGGGACGGGGAUAAUAAGUUCGCGGUUUUGGGUGGGGAGUAUGGGGACCGGGCUGUUUCUCGAACCCAAGAUGAGGUGGCUCUCGCGUAGUACUUGGCAUUCUUGCGCGGUUUACACGAUUUCUCGGCGUGUAUCAACACGCGUACGUAUACAUUAUUGUGACGGAGGUUGGGGGGUUACGGGAACGGAGAGAGGGGACCACAUUGUGCUCUCUUUUUUUUAAUUUCGUGUCAUAUUUCCUAGCGAGGCAGCUGUUGAAACCCAACGAUCCUCAUAGAAGGGAUAGUUCGACUUGGAGGAGGUGGCCUCGAUAGCAGGAGAGUUUUUCAUGUCGAUACUUGCAAAAUUUUGUGUCCACGUAAACUGUGAUCGCGAGUUCGAUACCCCCGGCCCCAUAACACGAACGUAUGAAGCACAGUUUGGGGGGUUGUAAGCUUGUGACAUAGACUGCUU